AUGAAUUACAGCAAGUCUGGGAACUUUAGCAUCAGCCCUCCUCCCAACAUCGGCUCCGGUUCCAUGGACGAACUGGUCAUCACCUCGACUUUCGGGACUUUGCUGUCGCUGGUGUAUAUUGUUGGAGUGUCGGGGAACGUAUACACACUUAUGGUGAUGUGUCAUUCUAUCCGCUUCGCGACUCCCAUGUAUAUUUCUAUCAUUAACCUUGCACUGGCAGACCUGCUUUACCUUUCCACAAUCCCCUUUGUGGUAUGCACCUACUUCCUCAAGGACUGGUACUUCGGAGAUGUGGGCUGCCGCAUUCUGCUGAGUCUAGACCUCCUGACCAUGCAUGCGAGCAUCUUCACACUGACGGUCAUGUGCACCGAGCGCUACCUGGCCGUGACCAAACCCCUGGAUACUGUUAAGCGCUCCAAGAACUACCGGAAAGCUAUAGCAAGUGGCGUGUGGAUUUUGUCUUUAAUUCUUACAUUCCCCAUGAUGAUCAUGGUCAACCAGACCACAAAACAUGCGCCAGGUGGAGUGAAGCGGAUGUGUGCGCCCACGUGGGGCCCAGAAGCGUACAAGAUUUACCUAACUAUCCUUUUCAGCACCAGUAUUAUGGCACCUGGAAUAGUCAUCGGGUACCUUUACACCAGAUUAGCUCGUACUUACGUAGAGUCUCAGAGAAACUCUGUCAGUAAGGGGAAUAAACGUUCUCCAAAACAGAAAGUCCUUAUUAUGAUCUUUACAAUAGUGCUGGUUUUCUGGGCAUGCUUUUUACCAUUUUGGAUCUGGCAGCUUUUACCUUUAUACCACAAACCCCUAACACUGGCUUCUCACACUCACACCUGCAUUAAUUACUUGGUGGCCUGUCUUACUUACAGCAACAGCUGCAUCAACCCCUUCCUCUAUACUCUGCUCACUAAGAACUACCGGGAGUAUCUAAAGAAUCGUCACCGGACGUUGUACCGAUACACGUCUUCAUUCAGGAAUCGUCCCCCGAGUUUGUACUCGUGGGGAAAAUCUGCAUCUUCCAUCAAUCAAUCUGAAUUUAACUCCGAGACGCUGGUCAUGGCACCGCUUAAGGAAUACCUGUGAUCUGUCCACUGAAAACCCUGUUAGGAGUCCUCCAGGCCAACAGAGGGUGGAACGACCAAGAGAAUGCCUAUGGCAAGGUUGGGUCAUCAAUUGCAUGGGCAGGGUUACAUGUGAAAGACA